AUGCUAAAGCCCCGUCAAACGCCAUCAGCAACACCCACUCCGGUAUCUGACACACAUCUAAUAAGUAGUGAAAUUAUGACCUAUAAUCAUACUGACGAGUUUCGCUAUUUUGAAGGCCGUCGAUUUCAUAAUGUCACUAAAUCCCGCUAUUGUUUACCAAAUGACGAAACCGCCUUGAAGCAAGAACAUAAAUUUCAUGAGACUUUACGUACAGUAUGGCAGUCUAACUUCUCUGCACCUAUCGCAAAUAUGCUAAAGAAAGGCGGCGUGAGAGUAUUGGAUGUCGGUUGUGGCGCAGGUUCAUGGAUUGUGGAAAUGGCACAACAAUAUCCUAAUUGUCAUUUUACAGGCGUGGAUCUUUCACAGUUACUAGCCAGGGAAGCAAGACCCGAGAACGUAAGCUUCAUAGAAGCAAACAUUCUGGAUGGUCUGCCAUUUGCAGCCAAAAUUUUUGAUUAUGUACAUAUGAGAAACAUGAUUUAUAGUUUUUCAGAGGAAGAAUGGAAAUUCGCUGUAAAGGAAUUAAUAAGAGUUACAAAAUCAGGCGGAUUUAUAGAAUUAAUGGAACUUGACUUAUCUUUACAUAAUGAUGGGCCUAUAUCGAGACUUUUGCAUAACGGACGAUCAUCGGAUCUCCAAUUACGAGGAAUUGCUGUGAAAAUACACGAUGUCAUUCAAAAUUUGAUGGAGUCAACGCAGCAAUUCUCGCUUACUGAAAAACAACAAAUCACAAUACCCUUUGGAAAAUGGGGUGGAGAAAUAGGAGCGCAAAUGGCUGAUGGCGCAAUAUGCUGCUUUCGGACUUUUAAAAUGAAAUAUUCCGAGGCGAUCGGCGUCGAACCACAAGAAUAUGACAAUAUGCUUGAAUCAUGGUCGGAUGAGGUUGACGAGUAUCAACCAUGUUGUAUUGCCUAUCGUUGGUGGGCGCAAAAAGUGUACUAG